AUGGCGCGGCUCGUCGCGCAGGACCCGGUGUUUUCCCGCACGGACGGCUCGCACCUGACGCGGCCGCAGGCGAUGAAACGGUCGCUGCAGAAGGCGGCGCACAUGAUCAAGCGCGUCAAGGAGCUCGAGCUCAACGAGGAGGAGCGCUACCUGUUCAAGCAAAUGGUCGAUGAUAUCAACUUCUCUGACCUGCACUCGUACAUGUUCAUCCCCGCUAUAGAGGGGCAGGGCACGGAUGAGCAGGGGCGCGAGUGGCUGCCCAAGGCGCGGGCGUUUGAGUGGAUUGGGUGCUAUGCGCAGACGGAGCUGGGGCACGGGAGCAACGUGCAGGGGCUUGAGACUACAGCCACUUAUGUGCCGGAAACGGAUGAGUGGGACGUGCACACGCCCACCAUCACUGCUACUAAGUGGUGGCCGGGAGGGCUGGGAAAGGCGUCCAACCACGCGGUGGUGUAUGCGAGGCUUAUCAGCAAGGGCAAGGACCACGGCGUGCACGCCUUUCUGGUGCCCAUUCGCAGUCUGAGCGACCACAAGCCGCUGCCGGGGGUGGCGGUGGGCGACAUAGGGCCCAAGUUUGGCAACAUGGGGUACAACACCAUGGACAACGGCUUCCUCGCCUUCUCUCACGUGCGCAUCCCGCGCACCAACAUGCUCAUGCGGUACGCUGGCGUGGACCGGUCAGGCGAGUACCAUCGCGGCAGUGCAGCGGCGAGGCAGCUGGCGUACGGUGCGAUAGUGUUUGUGCGGCGCAGCAUCGUGAUGGAGUCGGGGAUCGCCCUCGGCCGUGCCGUCACCAUCGCUGCACGCUACUCGUGCGUGCGCCGCCAGUUUGGAUCAAGCGAAGGGGGGGCGGAGAGCAAGGUGAUGGAUUAUCAGACGCAGCAGAUGCGUCUUCUCCCUUUGAUCGCCUCCGCGUACGCGUUCCUGUUCGCGGGCAAGUGGAUGGCGGAGCUGUACAGCGAUGUGGUGGCACGCAUCAAGAGGGGCGACUACUCCACCCUGCCGGAAGUGCAUGCUGCUACGGCUGGACUGAAGGCGCUCACCACUGCUGCCACUGCGGAGGGCAUAGAGGAGUGUCGCAAGCUGUGCGGGGGCCACGGGUAUUCGCUCUUCUCCGCCCUGCCUCAGCUCUACGCUGCCUUUGUGCCCACAUGCACAUACGAGGGGGACAACACCGUGCUGCUGCUGCAGGUAGCGCGGUACCUGCUCAAGGCAGUGAGUCAGGCGUCAGAGGGCAAGAGGCCGGGGGGCACGGCAGCAUACCUGGGUGACGCCAACAACCUCACCGCCAAGUGCACUGCUGACACUGCCUCGGACUUCCUCCAGACGCCCACACAGUUGGCAGCACUGCAGGCAUGUGCUUUCCAUAAGGCUGUCGCUGCCGCCACCGCUGUUGCUGCAGCCCCUUCUCUUGAAAAAGGCUUCCUCGACAACAGUGUGGCUCUCACAUCAGCCUCCACUGCCCACUGCCGCCUCAUAUCUGCUGCCAAGUUUGUGGAGCGAGUGCAGGAGCUGAGGGACAAGGGCAGGACGAGCCAGGGUGUGCUGAACGCACUGCAGCUGCUGUGCGACCUGUACUGCCUGCACCUCGUAGACGCCUCUGCUGGCGACCUCGUGGCUGGAGAGUAUUUCAGCCCCGACCACCCUGCCCUCGUGCGACAGCAGCUGCUCGCUCUGCUGCCCCAGGUGCGACGAAUCGCAGUGCCAUUGGUGGACGCCUUUCAGUUCUCGGAUCAUUUCCUCAACUCCUCUCUGGGGCGCUUCAAUGGCGAUGUCUACACGGAUCUUGUCAGCCGGGCCACUGCAGAUCCAAUGAACAUCCCGGAUGUUAUCGAUGGCUAUGAGGAGUACCUCCGUCCGUUUAUCACACGCCGGGCUGCACGUCUGAUCCCUCUUUAUUCACUCGCGAAGCUAGCUGGUUUCGCCUGGCUCGUGCUACCCAACUACCAUGGCGCUGCGCUCAUCUAUGAUACGUUCGUCCAUCCGUUCCACGUCAAGGCUCUUGGUCGCGCACGCGUGCGCAAGCUCAAGGGGAAGCGCGAGCGGGAGGCUGAAGGUUCUCUGGAGGGGAGGACGGCUGCAGGGGUUUCUGAAGGGGUGUGGGCUGCAGGGGCGGGAAAUGGAGGGGGGAUGAGGGCGUGGGGACCGGAGGAGAAACGGGUGGUUGAGUCUUUGGAUGCGCCCACACGCCAGGCGAUGGCUGAGUUUGUGAACGACAAUGGGUUACCUGCUUUUGUCGCUCUUCUUGUGGAGGGGAACAAGCAAGCACGCAAGGGACGCUCGCCCGCAUUGGGCGAUGACCUUGAGACAAGGUUGCGCGAGAAGGCAGAUUUGCCCACGGAAGAGCGUACUAGCUCUGGAUCUAAGCCAUAUCCUGAUGUGGUUUCUGGGCUCUCGAAGCGAAGGGCAUACAACCCAAGCUCUGAAGACACGACUGUGGAGGGAGGAUCUGCUACAACAGAUGAGCAGAGGACAAAUGCUUCGUCUUGA